AUGUCCAUUGCGGCACAAUGGAGCCUAGAUGGCACAGUGGAUUCGGCCCUCUCGGUUUCUCGAGGCCUCAUUCGUGCAGCAACCAGCGACAAUAUCCAGCCUCUGGCUCUGCUGGCUUGUGAAAAGUUUGGUGGCACAAUUGCCAUGUGCCACGAGACAUGCCGCAAAAUUGAAACCUCUGUUCUCCCAACCGAGAAGCCAGCAACGAUUCAAUUCCUUCAAGGCAUCGUUGGUUACUCUCGCAACGAUUGUGCUCUCCACCUAGGAACUACUACAUCCGGCCUACAAUUCCUUGGCCUCGCAGCAGCCCUUGUAACAACCAUGGGCACAUUCGAAUCAGCGACUUCACUCUCACUCAUGUUGAGAAAUGCCGCCGCCGACAAGUCUUUGCUUCCAACGACCAAACAACUAAGGGACUUGUUGUCAGCGUUGGAUGCAAGGUUGUCACGCUCUAGGUAUCCCGAUCAAGUCCUAGGUUGGCGGAAGUAUCUAUAUCAACACCCAGAUGCACCGGAUGCUAGCAAGAAAGUCCUUCGGCGUGCCUCAACCCAUCCUUCUACCGAAGCAAUUGAAAAUUUAGUCGAUGCUUUCCGGCGACUUCAUCGUAUAGGCGAGUCUACUGUUUCAAAGAUAACUGUCCAUGCCACAUCCUCGGCGCCGUGGGUUAUCUCAUUUACCAGGUGGUGCCUGGGUGCACCUCCAUCGAUUUAUUUGGGAGAUGGGACGCCACUACUUGAACAAGCCGAGUUGAAAGUUGAUAUUAUCGUCAACACUGAAUAUACAGGACACGAUCAGAGCUUUCUGGUAACAAUCCAUCAUAACAUCGGAGACCCGGAGACACUCAUUGCGGCGGGAAAUGGCAAACGAUGGGGAGGUAUGACGACAAUCGAGAACUAUGGCCAAUGGAUCCUUAAUGAGUACAGUCUCGAUCAAGUGGAAGCCUUCCGUGCUCUCCAACAAUGUCUUCCAUACGCAGCAAAGGAAUUUUUAGACAAGGGCCGAUUCACCUCUAGGAAGGCUCACCCACAGGUCAUCACUAAAAACUCUCGUUCUCGAGAUUCGAAAGUGAUAGAGGAGCUUCACACUGUGCCUUUCGGUACUGAUAGCUCCGUCGCAGAUAUUCUAUCCCGCAUGCUAAAUGGGGAAAAAAAGGAGACAACGACAAAUACAAGCUUAGAGCUAAAGAAACUUGAUCCAGGUGUUCGACUGACCGACUUACCUCUGUUAAAAUUACAUCUGAAGUCGCUGCGAAACGACUGUUCCUGUCAAGCCUGCGCUAGCGGCCCAUCAUUCCUCUCUUGGAAGGGAAGCUGCCUCAAGGAUCAAUUCCUUUAUAACGCUGCCCUUUUCCUUAGCGAUGCCCUCGCCCUAUCCCUAUUUCACUUGUCGGAUAACCUGCUAGUUCUCAUUGAUAGUCGCAGAGACGACCGUCGCCAAGAUUACCACACCUCUGUCUAUUCCAUCUUUACACACCAGGCUGUCGGUUACAAUACCUCAGUUGACCUUGUGGACGCUUGCAAAAUUGAGUCUCUCAUCGACUGGGCUUUGACGCUGGUAGGGCAUGACGUGGGUACGCAAUUAUCUACUUCGAGCUGGGCCAUGUCAUGUUUCAAGGGGCAGGCUGUCUACCCCACCAUCUUUGACACUUAUCGUGUAAAGCAGAGAGGAUACCUAGCACUAUCCUGGCAGCCUGGAAUAUUGCAAUUCAAUGGCGAAAAGUACGAGAUUGUCAGCUCGGAGAAGAGGUCAUUUCAGCCCCCACCACCAUCCGCCGGAAACCUGUUGUCGAAAGAGGUACUCCGGCCCCUUAACUUUUAUCCUAAUUGCAAAUUAAAGUGGAGGGUGGAAGUACGUGAUGGUUUUCUCAACUUGGGUAUAUACCUAGAAGGUUUUUCCGUUGAAAUUAUCCGCAAUCCUCUUGAAGCCAUCUGUGGGCUAUCGUGCUCUCUGGUCGCCGAUAGUUGUAGCCAUAACCGGGAUGCCAACCUCGGUAAUGCAGACAGAUUCUGCGCUUACACGUCACCACUAGCUCCCGGAGAGGAUCAUCGUGACAAGACCAGCGUUGUUGCAGUCGAUGGCGCAAAUGAUCUACGGUUCUAUUCCCUCAGUAAUGCGGGUACGGACCCCAUCCCCGCGGUAGUACGCGUCAACGCCUGUCUAGAGUGUUCUCUUGAUGUUUGCAGGAAAGUGGGGAGCGAUAUUCUCGUAUUGUAG